AAGCCUACUUAUAUUCUGUUCAAUAGGUACUAAUAAAAUGCAGUACUUUCUCUGGAGACAGAUUGAAGGUGACUAUACGCAUGCUUUCAUUUCCAAGGUCUGAGAAAAUCACGAAACCUUCCAUUCAUGUGCUCUAUGCAUCUUCAUAGUAAAGGGCUUAGAAAAAAUAAAACUCAAUUAAGACUCCUGAUAUCUGCACACCUCUCUUGGGUAAUAGGAGGGUGGGAGGAGAGGUACCAGCAUAAUCAUUGCUAUCUACUCCUAAAAUAAAUCUAUGUGACCUUCACACCAAUCUGUUAUCAGUUCUCAUUUCUAGUCUAUUAUAAUGGAUAAAGCUGAGUCACUAUAUGGCAUAUAACUUUAUCUGCAAGUCAGUUGCAUUUCACUGUUGAGUAAAACAGUGAUUACAGAUCCCAUGAUGGAGGCUAUACAGUUUGACCCCCAGAACAAAAAGCUGUCUCUCAUCAAGGUUCCAUUACCCGCAGAUCCGAAGAAAAAUGAAGUUGUGAUUCGUGUGGCAUAUGCUGGUAUCUGUGGAACUGAUCUACACAUAACUGAGGGUACGUUUCCCUGCCGUGAAACACCAGUCACUUUGGGACAUGAGUUCAGUGGAGUGGUAACAUCUGUGGGGUGUGAUGUCACUCACAUCAAAAAAGGUGACAAUGUGGCUGUGGAUCCAAACAGUGGGUGCUUCACAUGUGAUGCAUGUCACAGUGGUAAUUACCACUACUGCAGUGGUGGUGGGAUUGACAAGAUCACUGGGAUAUACCAAAAUGGGGGGUGGGCAGAGUUUUGCGUGGUGCCAGCCGACCAGGUGCACAAACUACCCAAAAACAUCUCACUCCAGCAAGCUGGUCUGACAGAGCCACUGUCAUGUGUUGCCCAUGGUUGGGACCGCAUCACUCCCAUUGCUGUGGGAUCUAGGAUCCUCAUCCUUGGAGCAGGAAUCAUUGGCAAUCUGUGGGCCAGUGUUCUGCACCUUCAGGGCCAUCGCAGGGUAACAAUCAGUGAGCCACAGGAAGCACGCAGGAAACUGCUUCAAAAGCUAGAAACUGGUUUUGAGAUCAUUACUCCAGAUGAACUUAAAACAUACCGAGCAAAGGACCUCAGUUGGGGUAUGGACCUAGUGAUUGACUGCAGUGGCUAUGCCCCUGCCAUGGAGGAAGCACUGACAUACAUCAACCCAGGAGGAACGCUGUGCAUCUUCGGUGUUUCAUCCCCCAAAGCAAAAAUGAGUGUGUCUCCCUACCUGCUUUACAAGAAUGAGCUGAAGAUCAUUGCCGUUAAAGUCAACCCAUUCAGCUUUCCCAAGGCUUUGGGCAUGAUUGAUGCUAUGGGCUCCAGGUAUCUGGACUAUGAAAAACUUGGCAUCAAGACAUACUCUUUGAGCCAGUAUGAAGACGCGCUUCAAGCUCUCAAGGAGGGGACAAUUGCAAAGGCGAUGUUCAAGUUGGAGAAGUAACAAAACAGAGAUUUAACUCUAAGCUAUAAGAGAAUGUAGACAGUACUGGAAUUACUGUAAUUCCAUCAAAAUUGUAUUAAUUUAAUUAUGAUAUAACAACAGACACAUUGCAGCAUUAUGACACCAUUUUCAAUGUUCUUUCCACUUUACUGUCUGUAUAUUGGUCAUAGGAUUCACAUACUUUUAGUACAUAAUGACAACAAAGUCUCCAGAUCUUUCUAGAGGGAAGAAAGUAAAACACAGUAUCUUUAUAUCAAGUUCUUCCAUCCAGAAUGUCUGCUUCUGCCUUCCAGACCUUCCAAGAACCAUAAAAUUGUUACAUUUAAGUAAAGAUUAAAUGAUUCAAUAGUAAUAUCAAAAAUAUCCUAUCACUUUCAGCUUCUAAGAGACAACCCAUACUGUCAGCCACUGACAAAAUUAUAUUUCUGACCAUCAAGUGAGUAGUCAGCAACAAAAAGAUCACAGCUGCCUCGUUUGUUCAAAGUUAUAGGACCACAAUCAGUCAAUUGGAAUUAGGGAACGGCAUGUCCUGCACGCCAAAUAUAAUCUUUUCACUGCCAUGAUUCUUCACUCAUACCAAAUGAUUUCCAAUUGAUUACUGGGUGUAAGUAACUGAUAUAUUCUCACUAACGACCUAUUAAAAGAUUAAAUCAAUGAUGAGUAAAUGUACUGACUUUCCACACGUCACAUCGAACCUCUUCUGGUUGCUCAUAAAAAGUGGAAUGCCAAAUGUGAAUGUUGUCUGUGAAUCUGUGACCUAAUAUAUCUGGGCAGAUUUUUAUAUAAAGUUUGUUGGGGAAACUUAACAUCAACAAUUACCUCAAAACUACAUUUCAUAAUUGCGUCACUAAAAGAAAAAUUCUGUUCAGUAUCGCGCUGUACUGCUGACUUAUCUUGCUGUUCUCCAGCACUAACCUAGCCAUUAUCAUCACCGGUCGAGUAGUUAGAAUUAUUGCUACAUAUUAGGAAAGUCCUAGUGAGUCUAAUAAAAAUGUGCUUAAAUGAAACCUGUAGCAAA